AUGAAGGCCGUCCAGACCCUGCUGCUCGCCCUCGCGGGUACUGCUCUCGCUGCCCCUGUCGAGGCUCCCUCUUCGCAGCUCGACCCCGACUUCCCCCUCGCCGAGCUCGAGGCCUACUACGCCUCGAAGUUUGAGGAGACCUCGCCCGCCACCCCUCUCGCGGCACGCCAGUACUCCGCCAGCGUCUCGAACCAGCUGACGGACGGAACCCCCUGCCGCGCCGUGACGCUGAUCUACGCCCGCGGCACCACCCAGCAGGGCAACAUUGGUGACCCCGCCGCCGUCGGGCCCCUGACCUUCAACAACCUUGCGCGCCUCAUCGGAACGGCCAACCUCGCCGUCCAGGGCGUGACGUACCCCGCCAACGUCGCGGGCUUCCUCGCCGGCGGUGACGCCGCUGGGAGCCGCACCAUGGCCCAGCUCACUGCUCGCGCCGUGACCCAGUGCCCCAACACCAAGAUCGUCCUCAGCGGCUACAGCCAGGGCGCGCAGGUCGUCCACAACGCUGCCGGCCAGCUGACUGCCGCCCAGACCAACAGGGUCACCGCCGUCCUCACCUUUGGCGACCCCAAGCGCAACCAGCCGUUCGGCACCAUCCCCGCCUCGCGCACGCGGGUCAUCUGCCGCACCGGCGACAACAUUUGCGAGGGCGGCUUCACCAUCACCCCUGCCCACACGCAGUACCAGCAGGACGCGCCCGCCGCGGCCUCUUGGAUCGCGGCCAGGGUUCGCUAG